UCCCAAUCUCACUAUUUUCCUUGGUCUUCUUAGAGUGCAGCAACUUACUCCGUGAGCCACUUAGGCUGCACUUGGUUCAACCGUCGAUUGCACUCGUGGAGCCAUGGCGUCCUCGUCGCUUUUCUGCUUGCAGCAAGCCUCUGCCUGCACGGCUGCCAGGCUGGCAAACCUCUCCAGCUCCCGCAGCUGCCACGUCAGCAGUCAGCGCCUCUCGCUCCCCUCCCUCGCCUGCUCCAGCACAUCCGCCUCCGCGUCCGGCGGAGCAGUGCGCGUGAGCGCGGUGAAGAAGCAGGAGGAGCUGGCGGAGAUCCGCGCGAUGGGAUCGGCGGAGAUCGAGCAGGCCGUGGUGGACCUCAAGGGCGAGCUCUUCCUGCUGCGCGCCAAGCAGGCCACGCGCCUCGAGUUCAAGCCCAGCGAGUUCGGUCGAAUCCACACGCGGGUUGCACGGAUGCUGACUGUGAGGAGGGAGAGGGAGCUGGAGCAGGGCGUUGGAAAGAGGGAGUCGCGAAAGCUCGACCGUGCAUGGAAGAAGAGCAUUGUGCCACGCCCGCCGCCCUCUUACAACCCGGACGAGUGGAAGAAGUAAGGCGGCCAGUUAGCUUAAACAUUAUGUUCUUUAGUGUGAUGUGAUAUAUGAUAUAUGAUGUGAAAAACUCCGGCCCUUGUUCAUUUACGAGCCCAGUUUCAAAGGCACAUGGUGUUAGCUUCCAAGAUAAUCAUUUCAUGAUAAUCGAUAAAUAAAACGGUUGUAC